AUGAAGGUGCGAAUGAUUGAAAUGAUUAAGAACGAGAAGGAGCAGAAAGAAAAGGACUUGAAUACCGAACUUGAGAACAAAGUCUUGGAGAUCAAGAGAAAGGAAAAAGAAAUAGAAAAAGUCCGAGAGGAGACUGAAAAGACUGCAGUCGAGCGGAGUGGACUCAACACGCAGAUUCUAGCUCUAACUUCUCAAUUGGAGAGUCUCAAGAAAAACAAUGAAUCUGAGAUGAAGAACAUGAAGCAAAGUCUUUUAGAAAGUGUUCAGAAGUGCGAGGCGAGUGAACAGUCGAAUGGAGUAUUAAAAUCACAACUCACAGAAAAACAAAAUGAAGUUGUGGAGGUCAAGAAAGACGUUCAGAAAGCACUCAGUCAGCUUGAAAAGAAAGAGAAGGAGCUUGCAGAAAUGAAAGAGGAAAGCGACAAACACAUCGAAGCCUUAAAGAAAGAGGUGGAAAAGUAUCGAUUGGAGUCGUCUGGCAAAGACGAACGUGUGAAACAAUUUGAAAAGGAAACAAUUGAAGCAAAAGACGAAUUACGUGUGCAAGUUGAGAGUGUCAAAAUGAUAGAGAUGAAAGUAGGAUUUCAGAAGAACGCGAACGACAAAUUGCAGAAGAAAAUUAAUGAAUACGAACGAGAGAGUUUGAAAUUAAAGAGUGAGAAAGAACAGUUAGUCGGUGUGUUAGACAAAUUAAAGAAGUGUUCUGUCGAAGAUGAAGAAGAUAAGAAGGUUGUCUUUAAUGGACUUGCAUUAGCCAUCAAAAUUGUGUUACCAAAGGAAGUACUAAAAAUAGAUAAUACAAUGUUGUAUGAAGAAUGUAAAAUGAAGAACAUACCACUGAAGGAUUGGAACUGUUGGCUAGUUGAACGAUUAUCGAAAGAAGUGUUGUAG